GUUAUAAUUGUAAUGAAGGGAACUUUUAGGACUAGGGAAGUCCACAUUCCACAACCCUAGCAGCACACUGACUGAAAAAAGCGUAAGGCAAUGACGAGGGCAUACGGCGGGAAGGGGCGGAAGCGAAAGCUAGCUGAGCCCAAAUACGACCGCCAGGAAGAUCAAGAUUACCACCAAGAAGACCAGCAACCGCAGCCAAAGCGCCAAGAACCAGAACAACAACAACAACCCGCUGAUAACAACGAAGAACUGCCGGGCAUCCCAAUUGCCCCAACCGAACUUCAAACUGACAAGCCCAACGUCAUCUUCAUCCUCGAAAAGGCUUCUUUGGAGGUCGCCAAAGUUGGCAAGACUUAUCAGCUCUUGAACUCGGAUGAACAUGGCCAUUUCCUCCGAAAGAAUAACAAGAACCCCGGAGAUUAUAGGCCUGACAUUACGCAUCAGGCUCUUCUAUCUAUUUUGGAUAGCCCACUGAAUAAGGCUGGGAGGUUGCGUGCAGUAUAUAUAAAGACUGAAAAAGGUGUUCUUAUAGAGGUUAAGCCAUAUGUUCGUAUUCCCAGAACAUUUAAGCGGUUCUCUGGUGUUAUGUUGGAACUGCUGCAAAAAUUGAGCAUAUCUGCUGCUGGCAAGCGUGAGAAGCUUCUACGUGCAAUAAAAAACCCUGUAACCCAGUAUUUGCCUCUUAACUCUCGAAAAAUAGGUCUCUCCUACAGUUCAGACAAGCUGGUAACCAUGAGGGACUAUGUAUCAACUAUACCCAGUAAUACAGACCUUGUCUUUGUGGUGGGAGCAAUGGCCCAUGGGAAAAUUGAGACAGAUUAUUCAGAGGACUACAUAGCAAUAUCUGGAUACCCUCUAAGUGCUGCUUACUGUAUCGCGAGAAUAUGUAAUGCCCUCGAGGAUCUGUGGAAAAUAUUGUGAAUUAACUGCUUUGCAUUCCCCUGAGGCACAGUUUUCUGGAGGCCAGUUUUGUUUCUAUACUCAGUUAAACACCAAUGUCCCUUUGCGCAAAGCUAAGAAUGUAAGGCCUUGUGCAAAAGUAGACUAUAGUUUGAGUGGCUAAACACUUCAUGCAACAUCAUAGAAUUGGUCAUUGUUGUAGGAAUUGGAGAUAAGUUAAUUCUCAUGCCUAAUUAUUGGUUUACAGUGAUGUAUAAUGUAUUAUGAUUAAGGGUAGGGUAUAUUUUGUCCUAGUUUUUACUUA